GAGAAAGGUGUGAGGGCAAGAAAGGAUAAUUUGCAUUGGGAAUUAAGUGGUUCAGGCUUCUGCUUUCACCUCUCUUUGACAAAAUCUGAGUCUACUUAUUACUUUUUGGGUUUAAUUAAUUGUUUAUUUAUUCAUCUCCAUAUUUAUUCAAUUCCAGGUUGCUUGUGAUUAUGGAGGGCCAUGAAGGGAAUUCUUUUGUCUGAUACUUGCAGAGAUAAAUGAGAAGUAUUUUGACAAUAGCUUUCAAUAGCUUUCAAACUUCUUGCAGAUGAUUACUUUAUAGUUGGUGUGAUUCUGAGUAAGUAAAAAUCUCAAGCAGUUUUUAUUAAGUCAACUUUUCUGAAAUUGCUAUCCAUGAUAAUAAAUUGAUUUGUGCACUUUUCUUGGUCAUCUGUUAUGACACUACUUGGAAGUAGAGAACAUGAUUAGACUUGUAAUCCACCAAACAUUUUUACUCGCUUGUGUUUGGUCUUUACAUGUCACAGUUAGAGUUGACAUGAAUUGCUUGUUAGUCCAAGUUUUGGAAGAAUGGACAUACACAAUAAGUAAAUGCUACAACUUUUUUGCAGGCUUAAGCAUUGUUCAGAAUGGGAAGAUCCCCCAAUUUUUUUUCUGAACAGAUCAAAUGGAUGAGAUAUUUCAGGAUGACUCAUCAUCAUCAGCAGUUGCUAACCUGCAAAAGGGGUUAACCAAGCUAGAAAUUUUG